UAUAAAGUAGGUAUAAUAUAUCAAAAACACUUUAUAUACUUAAAUAUUUUUAGUAAAUUAAAAAAUAAAACACUAAAAAAAUUUAUAAUGAAAAUGCUAAUAAAUUUUGUUUUAAUAAUAUCACUGAGCAUUAUGUCAAUCCAAUGUUUGAAUCCUCAACUAUCGUCAUAUAAUUUUACCGACAAAGUUGUAUUGACUACCGGUUCGAGCAGUGGUAUCGGUGCCGGUAUUGCCAAACUGUUUGCCCAAUUGGGCGCCCAUGUAAUGGUCACCGGUAGAAAAGCAGCUGAAAUACAGAGUGUGGCCAACGAAUGUCAACAGUUGUCACCGAAAAAACUAAAGCCAUUACAAGUAGUGGCCGAUGUGUCCGAUGACAAACAAUUGACCCAAUUAUUGAACAAAACUAUUGAAACGUACGGUAGGUUAGAUGUAUUGGUCAACAAUGCCGGUAUCGGUUUGACAGCCGCUGUAACCGAUCCUAAAUUUAUGCCAGUUUUCGAUAAAGUAAUAUCGACUAAUUUGCGGCCAUACGUACAGCUGAGUCAUCUAUCAGUGCCGUAUUUGUUGAAAACUAACGGUUCAAUUAUAAGCAUAUCGAGCAUCGACUCAAUGGCACCGAUGCAAAAUGAAGUGGCUUAUGCUGUUUCCAAAGCUGGCAUAGAUAUGAUGACCCGUGUAUUGGCACUGGAGUUGGGACCCAACAUACGGGUCAAUACUAUUAAUCCAGGGUUUACUAUGACUAAUAUGCAAAACGGUACUGACCCCGAUAGUAUCAAAGAGAUCAUAAGCCAUACACCAUUGAAACGUGUGGGACUACCCGAUGAUAUGGCCAAGGGUGUGGCAUUUUUGGCCAGUGACCAGGCAUCAUUUAUUACCGGUGCCAAUCUUGUUAUUGAUGGCGGUCUUAGAUUUGAUUAAAAAUA